ACCUUUUUCUUUUUUCAAGUUCAGUUCUAAACCCCUUCUUUUUCUUUGUUUUCUUUGUUUUUUUUUUGUUUUUUUUUCUUCUCCUUCUCCCUUACUUCUUCUCUCAUUAAACAUGUCGUCAGACACUCAAGAUCAAACAGCUAAUAUGGCUGACCUUCAUAUCAAAGACGAGACUUCUUGCGAUAUUUUAACACCUCCUUUAUCUACUAUGUCCACCUCUCAAUCGCCUACUAUUAGUGACCAAGAUAUUGAAAGUAUUGAAGUAAAGCAGGCUCUUGUUGACUCUGGUCUCAGUGAAGCUAUUGUUGAAGAAGAAGUUGCCUUGGCAAAGACCACACAGUUGGAACAAGAGAAACGUUUAAGUGACGAGGCCCAAGCUCAAUUCGAUACAACCGUCAAGGCUCAACGUAUGAAGCGUUUGAACUUCUUGCUUGAAAAGUCAGGCGCAUAUGCAACCAUCCUAGGCAGCAAGUUGGCUAAGCAACAAGAACAAGCUCGUGAAAAAGCUGCGCAUAUGGAUGCCGUCGCUGCUGCUGCUGCUGCUGCUGCUGCCAAUAAUAAUCAACCAUCUGCAGAGGAAGAAGCACCAGGAAAAUCACGCAAAACGCGUGCUGCUACCAACUCCAAGAGAAAGGUAACCGAUGCUGAUUAUCAACUUACAGACUAUAUUGAAGAAGACGAUGUCAAGAGACGUAAGCAAACAGAUGGUAGUGUCAGUAAAGCCAUUAUUGAAGAACAAUCAGCCGCCUUGAAAAGAAAGAAGGAAGAUCCCGUCACCAAACCAUCCAUUUCAGCUCGUCAGCCCAGUCUUGUCACUGGUGGCAUCUUGCGUGAUUAUCAAUUAGCUGGUGUUGAAUGGUUAGUCAGUCUGUGGGAAAAUGGUUUGAAUGGUAUUCUGGCCGAUGAGAUGGGUUUAGGUAAAACCUUACAAACGAUCGGUUUCAUCGCUCACUUAAAAUCAAAGAACGUCGCUGGUCCUUAUCUGAUCGUCACUCCCUUAUCUACCUUGGCAAAUUGGGUAAACGAAUUUAAACGUUUUGCUCCUGCCAUCAAUGUCUUGCUUUAUCAUGGUACCAAAGAAGAACGUCAACAUAUGAUUAAUCGCAAGAUGCAAAAGAAGAAGGAAACUGAAAUGGAAUUCCCCGUCAUCGUCACUAGUUAUGAAAUUGUCAUGAAUGACCGUAAGUUCUUACAACGUUACAACUGGAAAUACAUUGUUGUGGAUGAAGGUCAUCGUCUCAAGAACAUGAACUGUCGAUUAAUCAAGGAAUUAAAGACGUAUUCCAGUGCUAAUCGUCUUUUAUUGACCGGUACACCACUUCAAAACAACCUUGCUGAAUUAUGGAGUCUUUUGAAUUUCCUGUUGCCCGAUAUCUUUGAUGAUUUGGACAUGUUCCAAUCUUGGUUUGAUUUUUCCGAUAUCAACGUCAAGAGUGGUAGAGAUCGUAUCAUGAGAGAAGAGGAAGAAGAUAACAUCGUCACCAGUCUUCAUACCAUCCUUCGUCCCUUCUUGUUAAGAAGAUUAAAAACCGAUGUCGAACGCUCUUUACCUAAAAAGAAGGAAUACUUGUUGUAUGCUCCUCUUACUCAACCUCAAAAGAAUCUGUACGAUGCCAUCAUCAAACGCGAUCUUCGUGAUUAUCUCAUCAAGAGAAAGAUUACAAAGCCCGAUGAAGACGUCUCUGUCGCACAAGAAGAGGAACAGGAGGAGGAAGGCAGAGCCAAGAAAGCCAUCAGUUACAAGGAAAAAUCAGACCGUGAAUAUUUCAAGGAAUUAGAUCAAGAGCCUGUUACAGAAGUAGUAGACCAUGUUGCUGUGACGAAACAAGCCAAGAUGGCAGAAGCUGUAAAGCAAGUAAACGGUAUGCAUCUUCAAAACUUGGUGAUGCAAUUACGUAAAGUGUGUAACCAUCCUUUCCUCUUUGACUGGCCUGCAGAUCCUGCUACUGGACAACCUGUUUUAAACAAUGAUUUGGCUGCUCAAUCUGGUAAAGUUUUAUUGCUUGAUAGACUCUUGACUGCCUUAUUUGCUCGUGGACAUAAAGUAUUGGUAUUCUCACAAAUGACCAAGAUGUUGGAUAUCUUGGAGGAUUGGGCUGUCGGAUUAAAGCAUUGGCCCGUUUGUCGUUUAGAUGGUGGUGUCUCACAAGAGGAGCGUCGUAGACAAAUUGAAGAAUAUAGUGAUCCCAAGUGCGAUACCAAACUCUUUUUGUUAUCCACUCGUGCGGGUGGUCUUGGUAUUAAUUUGACAGCAGCUGAUACCGUCAUUAUCUUUGACAGUGAUUGGAACCCUCAAAUGGAUCUUCAAGCCCAAGAUCGUGUUCAUCGUAUUGGACAAACCAAGCCUGUGCUUAUCUAUCGAUUUGUGGCUGCAAAGACUGUGGAAGCAAAGAUUCUGGAAAAGGCCACUGGUAAACGUAGAUUAGAGAAAUUGGUCAUUAGUAAAGGUAAAUUUAAAUCACCCGCUGCUGCUGCCAAUGCCAAAAAGAAUCAAGAGAAUUCUGUGCGUGAGAUGGCCGAGAUUCUGGCUUCAGAAGAUGGUGAGCAGGUUCAGAUCGUAUCUCAAGGCGACAAGGUCAUUUCGGAUGAAGAUCUCGAAAAGUUAUUAGAUCGUAGUCCUGCUGUAUUCGAAUCCAAGUGUACGAGUAGUAAUGAUCAAUUCAGAGAGAUGGAUGCUUCUGAAAUGCAAGACUCUAAGAAUGAAAUCUUGGCCACUCGUUCUUGAUAAACCAAUUCACACUCUCGCACACACACACUCACUCUAUCAUUAUUUUUCUCAUUUCUUUCCCCUUUUAAAACCAAAUUACACGCAUACCGCAUAAUUCAUUUUCGCUUUACUAUUAUAGUCUCUCUUUUUUUUUUUUUUUUUAGAAUAUUCGCUUC